GGUAAUCCUGUGCCUGAAGGAUUCUCUUUUUCUGUUAUUGUUUGCUUCUGUUUUGUUGCUCCUUUCACUUCUGUUUUACUUUGACCAAGACUGAUAAGACACCUUGUGGAACCAUGACAACUGACAUGGAAUUUCAGACGGUGGAGGUGCGUCUUCCACACGAUCGAAAUGUGCACGUCGUGUGCGAGUCGGAGGAGCACGCUUUCUUUGGACAGACGAAGCAGACAUUCAAUUUUGACCUGCCACCGAAUGCGUCCGUGGACGUGGUGCGGGAACUGGUAGCCGACAAACUAUCGGUUGCGCCUGCUUCUGUGCAUCUUCAGCUGCUUGUGCGCGAGAGCAACGAGUACGAAACGGUGACGUGUGGCAACAUCGCCGAGGCCAUCUUCGCCUCGAAUCCUGAGAGUAACACACUUUCCGUCGUGUACUCGACAGAGAGCCGGUACGGCUGCUUCUACUUGUGCUGCGCGGCGUUGUGUGCGGCAUGCUGCGCGGCAGGCUAUGCAGCCGGAAGCUCUGCUGAGAAGAAGAAUCAGCGUCGGCGACCCCCACCCCGGCCCCGGCCCUCGCAAAAUAAGCCUUCACAGCCAUAUGGAAAUCAGGCAGACACUCAAGUCCAAUAUCCACAGGCGACGCCUGCAAAUCAAUACUACCAAAAUUCGAACGCACAGCCACCGCAAACAUAUGCGUAUGGGUCGCCUGUGCAAUAUACAGCUCCACCGCAACAAGGCACGUACCAGGCAGCGCCGCCGAACGGCUACGGUUCUCCGCCGCCGCCGCCCCAGAAUCCUGGCGGAAAGCAAGCCCCAGUUCCGCUGUAA